AUGGAUAAGUUCAAAAAAAUCGCCGAAAAAGUCAUUGACGACUCUGCUCCAACGAAUCCACAGCUAGUUGAUAUCGUAAAUAUGACAAAGAUGCUCAAGGAGAAAGAACAGUUCAUGAAAAACCUUGCGAAUGACCAAAGAAAAAACAUUGAGCCAAUUAUUCGCGAACAGCUUUAUAAAGAUGCAGUGGAUAUUUUAAAAAGAGUCGACGACGAGUACGAAAAAAUCUACGGCAAAGGACUCAUUGGAGCGAUUUUCAAGCAGAUAUGCAAGAUCUUCGGGUUUGGAGAUUCUGAGGCUUACCAGAGCUUCAAACUUGACGCCAAAACGAAACUCUUGGAGUACAGCUCAAAAAUAGCCAACCAAGAAAUUGAAAAUACAGAAUACCUCGGUCGCAAAACGACGACACUGAUGAGGGGAAGAGAAGACACCGACGAUUACCUAACCAUGGACGGCUUCACGGGCGAAAGUUUCGAUUCAAGAGGACGGAAACGAAAGACUGCAAAUUUCACUGAAAACUUGCUGUCAAGCCUCAAUCUUCUGAACAGAAAAAGCAAAUAA